AUGCCUGUUAUAAGUUUUUCGACCUUUAGAAGAGAUGUAACUACUAAUGUUGGCAUAGGCUGUUUAAAUGUAAAAGAUGAUAUUGAAGUUGAACUUAGUCAUAAAAUUUCGAAAUUGGACAGUUCAAAUGGUACUGAAGACAUUCGUCAGAAAUGUGAAGAAAUAAAUAAAUUCUUAAAUGAACAAAAGAAUGUUUAUAAUGUGUGUUAUGAACACCGUUACAAAGAAAGUUUGUGGUAUACUCCGAUAAUAAUCAAGAAAAUCUUAUCAGAGUCUACGGAAUAUAAUAAAUGUCCUCAAAAAUGGACAUUGGAACCAGAAGAAGCCACUAAAUUGACAGUUAAAGAGGAAGAAUCACAUGAUGAAAAUGAAAAACAAACAAAAGUUCAGAUUCAACUCCUGAUUUUGGAACUGAUCAAAAAACAGAUCAUCUUAAUGUAUCUCCUGCUGUCGAGGCACUCCCCCCAAAUCAUUCUUCUUCACAUGAUUCUCAAAUUACAGAAGAAAAUUCUGAUAAAUAUAAUAUUAUAA